GCGCGCACAGCUGUCGAAUGUCAUAAUAAAAGUUCGAUUUUAACCUUAAAUAUAAAUAAAUAAACAUUAUUGAAAUUAUUAUGGCGAAUAAGCCGACGCGUGAUCUUUUGGGCAUUAUUUGGCAAAACUUUUGGAAAUCGCUGCGUCCGCGACAAUUUCGCGGCAAUCUCAUUGGCGAGGAUUACUUUGGCAACAAGUACUAUGAGAUUCCAGCAAAUCCAGCGAUUGGCAAACGCAAACCAUCUCGUUAUUUCGAGCCAGCUGACAAGGAGGCAUUCGAUCAGGAAUUGACGGCCGAAUGGGAGGCAUGGCUGCGUGGACGUCGCGAGGAACCUCCAACGCGUGAGGAACUGGUGAAGAAUUUGCAAAUAAUGGAGAUGAAGAAACAGAAUGCCGCCCAGCUGGACGCGCACUACGCCAAGGGCAAGGACGCGGGUGCGCUGCCUAAGCAGGUGGAGGGCGAUACCAUUGGCACGUUUCCCAAGUACAAGGAUUACGAUCUGAUACCAGGGAAGCAUAGCAUUAAGAAAUAAAUAUGUUAUUGUUUAUGUGAUUUUUUGCUUGAAUUAAUUUGUAAAUAAUCUGGCACCAUAAUGGGCAUAAGUUAUGUUAUAAACAAUUACAUGGUAAUGAUUAUAUUUGGA